AGUACGUUGUACGUGGAUUACGUAACGCUUGUGUAUUGUAGUUUUAUAAUUUUAAAAAUGACCAUUCACAAAUGGUUGCGAAUGUUUUGUGAAAAAACUACUUCACAUUGUAUGCAAUAUUUGGUUAUGAAGCAUAGAUCACCCGCAGAAAAAUUGUUUUGGACACUCGUCUUUCUCUGUAUGGCAGGACUUGCGUUCUUCAUAAUAAAUUAUGUCAUAAAAAACUUUUGGGUUGACAAUCCAACUGUGAUGUUUAAUGACAACACGGAAACUGCGAUUCUGGAAAUACCUUUUCCGACGAUCAUGGUAUGCUCGACAAAUCAAAUUCGAAAAUGGGUUUGGAACCGUAAUAAGAACACCAAUAGUUCAUACUGGAAACAUUUAGAACAGUAUCGGUCUUUAAUCUGUGGUGCAUAUAACUAUGUUCCUAGCACGGGAAAUGUAUCAUUCGAGUACCUCGAUCAGGAUUUGAUUGAGAGCAUUGUGCACGACUGUGCAGCUAGCUGUUCAGAAAUAUUUCAAACACAUUUGUUAUGGCAAAAUAAUACAUUUGAAGGAGUUUGUAAUUAUGUUCAACCCGUGAUGAGCGUGUUGGGAAUAUGUUAUAAAAUAAAUAUGAUUCCAGUACAACAGAUACUCCACGAUGAAUAUUAUCAGAAAUAUUUGAAAUUUUUUUCGAAAAGUAAUUCGUACAUUGAUUCCGAAAAGACAUUAUGGAAUUUAGACGAUGGGUACUCAAGUUAUUCGGAUACAGAUUUACUCAUUGAUGUCGUUCCUUCUCGGACUAGCGGUGUCAGUUACUAUCAUCGUCUCAGAUUAAACUUGCAUACAAAUACAGAUGAAUUUUUGCGCUGUCCUCAACUUGAUCUAAGAGAUGGUUAUUUUUCAAUCGCAUUAUCCAAUCCAUCUGAGUUUUAUUCGACCAUAACUUACUUAUUGAUUGCAUCAGACACAUAUACAAAAGUACAAAUCACACCAUUGGUAAGAAAGAUAAGUCCGGAUUUAGUGUUGCGUUCUCCAGAAGUUCGUAAAUGUUAUAUGCACAACGAGAGGAAGCUAUCCAUAUUCAAACUGUACACCGAAUCCAACUGUAAUAACGAAUGUUUGAUUAAUAUGACGAUUACAAUGUGCAGCUGCGUUACAUUCAACAUGGCUUUUUUAAUGACAGCAGACGUGAAAAUAUGUGGUACUCCGAAGACAGAUUGCAUCAUAAGAGCUAUACAAAUAACGAACACGGAAAAAAUGCAAAUGAGGUGCAACUGUUUGCCUACAUGUUCUGAUAUCGAUUAUGAAAUAUUACAAACAUCUAAUUUUGAAAGUUGGGAUUAUUUAAAAACAACUCAAUUGGUCAAGAACAAUUCAAGAGGGGCUUCGGUUGAAUUUGUUUUUAAAAAUCCAUAUUUCACGGCUUAUAGAUCGGCAUCGAUUUUUAACACUGAUUCUUUAAUUAGUUUCGUUGGAUCAGUAUUUAGUUUGUUCUUAGGAUUGAAUUUAAUUAGCAUUUUUGAAAUAUUGUACGUCAUAAUUAAAAUUGUUAGCAGCUUCGUCAUGCAUAUGUUCGAUAUCUAAUCAUAUUCUGUUUCGGAUGAACGCGUACACACGUAACGUACCUAUCUAUAGCAGAAUAUGAGUUUAUAAUAUUUAUAUCUAGUGUAUUAAUUAUAUUAUUCUAUACGUUUAAAUCAAAUUAUACUCGAUGAGAUUGCUUUGAAUUCACAACAUCGCAAGAAAAUUAACGGGCUAAUUAUUGAAUAUCGUAGGUUGAUAGUAAAAUUUAUUUUCUUAGCCAAUCUAUUAAC